UUGUAAUAUAACUCCCAAUAGGUAUCUUGCAACUUUUCUGUGAAGUGAUGUGGUUUUAAUAGUUUUGGAUGGAUUUUUGGUAUCUUGUGAAUAUAUUUUGACAAAGUUUGUUGGAUUUAUGUGACUUGAGGGUUUAAUACCAACAAAUAUUGAGGACUCUCAAAUAAAGUGAUUUGGUAUUAAAUUUUGCUACGUUGAUUUACUCUGGCAACAGAUGUAGUAGUAAUAUUUCACUCUGUGGACAGUUUUGUAGUUGACAAAGGUAUUGGAUCAGGUUUAUGACACUGUUAUUGUUAACUGCUGUAUGGAUUACCUCUAGCCCAGGACCGAGUCAGUUUUCGGAUAUACCCCUAUUGGUUACAUACCCAUAUACAUAUUGCAGAUCAACUUACCAGAUACUAUUGUAAACCUGUUAGUGUGACAGAAUGUUAAACGCUGAUAAUUACUCUCUGCAGGUGUACAUACAAUUAUUCAUUAGCGUUUUUUAGUGUGGCGCGCUGAUUAUAUUCAAACUCACAUUGAUUGUGUUCAUUCAGAAUUUUGGAAUUUAUGUACAGACUGAUUUGUACAUGUUUGACAGUUUUUAAUUGUUAUGUUGGAUUUUAAGAAUAUUUCAUACUUUUAAAAAUUGUGAAAAUCGUGGGGAAGAUUAGAUUGGAAUUAUUCUUUCAAGUCUAUAUUUGGUUGAGGACAUACUCAACGCAGUGUAUUGACAGCGGUGUUAUUCAACUAGAUAAAGUCCAUUAAAGAUUUCCUUGGAUUACAUGGUCGGGAUAAAUGUGACAUAAACACUUCUUUUGGAGUUUUUCUCCCAGGAUUUUGUAGAGAUUUACAGACAAGAGGCUCAGUACAGAGAUGUUUGAGGCCCAGAUAGUGUGAACAUGUGGCCUGCGGACUUACUUGCCCUGGCUUGUUUCAGAGUUGUCUCCCUUGUCCUCCUGGCUUCAUCCAUUGGAUAUGGAAGCUCGGAACCACAACCUGCAUCACAGUUGCCCGGGCACCUGGCCCUUGUGAGCAUGCCAAACCCACGGAUCACCGAGCAGCCCAUGGACUCGUAUUUUGCCAAGAACCUACCCGCAACACUUGACUGCAAGGCUGAAGGAGAGCCAACACCAACAAUAUCGUGGUACCAAAAUGACCGAAAGAUCGUGUUUGACAGCAUUACCAACUACAACGACAACACUCGCAUGAUCGUUGACCAGGGACGACUCUUUAUGCUUCAGUUUCUGCACACGAAGAAUCGCACAUACACAGGAACAUACUACUGUGUGGCUACCAACUCACACGGGACAGCGCAGAGUAGGACCGCCUUCAUUGACAUCGCAGUAAUUCGGGACGACUUUCGUGAAGAGCCGGUGGACAAGACUGUUCCUCUUGAUUCCCGUACCGUUCUUGGGUGCAGACCACCACGCGGGGAACCGGAACCCAUCAUUGACUGGCUACAUGAUGGUAAACCAGUCACUAAGGGUGAUCGCAUCAGUAUCCUGGGCAAUGGUGACCUGGUGUUCAGCAAUGUUAACGUGGAUGAUGGAGGGGAGUACAUAUGUGUGGCAUCCAACAUUGCUGGCAAGAAGAAAAGUUCACCUGUCACACUUACAGUGCUGGAGGUGCCAGAGAUUACGCGCUACCCCGAGCCAUUGACCGUGGAUGAGGGUGAUACUGUGGAAUUCCACUGCGCUGCGAGUGGCGGAGGUGAUGUUAGGGUGGGGUGGCGACGAGAGGGUGGGGCUAGCAGGAAGAACUGGAGGGUACUAGCAGAUCACACAUUGCAGAUCUCGCGAGUUGAGGUCGAAGAUAUGGGCACCUAUGUGUGUACGGCAGAGAAUGGCGCUGGGGCCGUAGAGGCUGUUGCUCAUCUCAAAGUUGAAUACACGCCGAAGAUCUUGAUCCGUCCCUCUGACCAAACUGCCGCUGUUGGACGGACAAUCAGCCUUCCAUGCUCCGCCAUUGGCAAUCCUAAACCCACCAUUUACUGGGAAACUACGGCAAAAACUGUCACGGAACUAAUGUUUGAGAAGAACCUGUACGCAGAUGGCCGUAUGUCGGUAUCCCUGGAUGGGACCUUACGUAUGGUGGAGGUUGCCCGUGGUGACGCAGGAAGGUACACGUGCAAGGCAAUCUCCAGUAAGGGCAAGGCCGAGGCUGAAGCUACACUCACUGUCCAAGCGGGCAGUGACGUUAUUUUUCCAGAGAAUGAUCUUCGACCUCCGCCAAUCAUACGUUUUGGACCCCAGAACCAGACCCUGCCUCGUGACGGGGUUGCUUUCUUGCGUUGCCAAGCAACAGGGACUCCCCAACCAACAAUUCAUUGGCUGAGAAAUGAUCUGCCGUUGCCGACUGAUGCUCGAUACAUGGUAUUGGACUCAGGAACUCUACAGAUUUCAAGCCUGGUGAUGGGGGACACGGGUCGGUUCAGCUGUGUGGCAACCAGUGAGACAGGGGAAACAACUGUGGAUGCCUUCAUUCAGGUGGCAAUUUCAGGAAUGGUCGACGAGCAAGUGUUAAAAUCUCCGCCCGACCUCACCCAGCUUCCCCCAGCCCCUGAGAAACCCGUCGUGAGUGACGUCACGAACACUAGUGUCCGUUUGUCCUGGCUACUCGUUCGCAUCACUGAUAAUACUCCCAUUAUGGGCUACGUUGUGGAAUAUUUUGAAUAUGGAUCCUCACAGUCAUGGCAGUCUGCUGACAGACUGUACGUACAGAAGGACGUGAUCAUCACGGGCCUGAAACCUGACACCACAUACGUGUUCCUGGUGCGUGCAGUCAACAGUUACGGCACAGGAGGACCUAGCCCACUAUCUGACAAGAUUAGGACACUUGAGCCGAAUAUGGGUCAACCUCUUGUGCCCGAGGUGAAUUUACCAUCGUCUGAAAUAGAGAACCGACUCCGGAACGUUAAUGUGAAUUUGUUUUGGGGAAAGGCCAUCAACUCGUCUUCUAUCAGGCUUUCUUGGACGGUUGACAAUGAGUAUGGCGUGGUUACUGGUUUUAUAAUAGAGUUCAAGGAAAUCCUCAACAUGGGCUCAGGCCAGCCUCCUGAGUACGGACAGGCGGGUGGUCAGCGGGCUUCUUAUCGUCCACUGAGUCACACACUUACCGGAUUGGAAAGCUACCAGUAUUAUGAGAUCUGUGUGAAGGCCACUAGCGGAGAGCGGACCUCGCCAUGUAGUCCACCAUGGUUGAUACAGACCGGGGAAUCAGUGCCCAGCAGCCCGCCUGGCAAUGUUGUAGUUGAACGAGAGGGAGAUUCGGUCAUCAUUGUCACAUGGGCUCCCCCAGAUAGAGCCCACAGACAUGGCAAAAUAACUGGGUAUAAGAUAAAGUGUAUGAGUGUGGACGAACAGCAGAACUGCAGUCGACAAGUGAACGGCACGACAAACCGUGUCCGUAUUGACGGGCUGACAGCUGGUGUGCAGUACAAUAUUGAGCUGGCUGCAGAGACUUUAGAGGGCGUGGGAAGUUGGAGCACUGUGUAUGCCAUAGGUUCCGGUGACUCCAGUGUAACAAAAGAGCGCUGGUUUAUUGGGAGUAUCGGAGCGCUUGGAGGUGUCGUCUGGCUCGGACUAUGUAUCUUCACAUGCUGGCUGUGUCGCUCUCGUAAACGUCGUAAGAAGCUCAAGGAACAGUGGUACUCUAAUGGGGGGCAGGCUAGUAACGAAAAACAACGUGACAGGAAUGGCAGCGUUGUCCGGAAAGGAUACGGCAAGAAGGACGACAAUAAUGACUCGGGAUUUCCGGCAGAGUUUAACCAGCUGUUACAGCAGUGUCAAGCGGGUGGGUCCGGUGAGGGAGAAGACCCUGGGGACAUGUACCCCCCGGGGCGGGAUGGAGGUGCCCCAGAGAUGAAGACUUUCUACCAGACAUCGGGACCAGUGACCCCCUAUGCUACUACAGCUUUGCUACAGGCGCAGGCACAGUCAGCCAGAAAACAGGGAGGUGAUGGCAUUUUCCGUCCAGGGGUUUGUGUCCAACACAGCGGAGGGUCCGCAGAUUCCCACCACACUGACCGUUCCAUUACCACAGAUGUGUCUAUAGAGUUGCGGGAGGGAAACAAAAGUUCCGCUGGUGACAGCGGCCACCAAUCAGAUGAAAAUGGAAUGCUUAUAAAGCAGGGUCGUAAGGGUCCCGGGUACCGCCCAGGGAUUGGCCCUGGCCCGGGGGUGGUCAACUGGAAUGAAAUGCUUCCCCCACCCCCUGUCCAUCCACCAAGUGACACAGAGUAUAACCCAGAUGAUGCCCUGUAUUCUGAGAUUCCUGAGGAUCGAUCCCGGAGCCCGCACUUGCCUGCUCAGAAUUCGUCAUGUUCCUGCCCAGUGUCAGCACACCCGCAACCGGUGUCUGCAGGUCCCUAUCCUGGCUCGUACUCAGAAAACUGCAAUAGGUGUCAGUCACUGCGAAACUUUGACAGCCGACCCUACUCCCCCCAGCAAUUGAUCCAGUUGCACCGUCAGCACAGUCAGGGGUGCCAGCCUCAUCAUGCCCGGGCACAAACAGGCUCCCAGAGAGGCCCAGGAGGUACGCCCAUGUACAUGCAUGGUUAUGCCCAACCCUGGGACAGCCAGCCCCUCCCACGGGGCCCAUAUGACUAUGAGCUUGCCAAAGUGCCCCAAGAGGGAGGCUAUAACUACACACAACCUAUACAGGAUGGGUUGAUAAAACAUUCUAACACUCUGAACUCCAGAGGGGGUCAGGGUUGGCGGCCCCACCCUGGGGACGGACAAUUACCCUACAUGGGGGCUCCUGUUUGUGACAGUGCUAACAUUCCUGGUGGGCCCCCUGGAAACUACUGUGAGGGGCCCUGUAGAGGGCAGGGUGAUACUCUAAACUCUAUAAAUAGUGGUUACCAUAGAAACCUAAGUGACAAUGGCCAGCUUCCAUAUUUGGAAGGCUACAUGAUAGAAUCUCCGCCGAGUAGUGGGACGGGGUCAGACUAUCGUGUGUGUAACAGUGGUGGUAGUCAAGCGGGAAGUGGGGGCGACUCGGGAAGGUCAAGGUCAACUGGUAUCCAGGGGCAACCAGCGCAGUAUCCACACCGCAUGUUCCAGUCUGGCCCAGUAGAUGAGGGUUUUGCCCGGAACACUGACUCUCCAAUUUCCGAGGACCCAGAGGCCUGUGAUACAGAGACGGAAAGCCAGAGAGAUUCUUUGGUUGCCCACUGGGAGAGUGUCGGGGAGGGGAGUGAUGUACAUUCCAGCUCGGAAGCAGAGGGGUCGGGUGAGGAUGGGGAAGGGGGGAACAUUCUCACCGAGGAGGAUUUCGCGAGCGCCGUCGCCCGUGCAGCCCAGCUUUCUGGUCUUACUGUCGUUGGCUCAACCGUCACUGACCCAAAUCAUAACCAGAAACAAGUAAAAAAGACCCGUCGUCAAAGGCAACAAGCACGUCCACCUAGCCCCGGUUACAGCACAGAUAGCAACUACGGUACUGCUGAUAUCCCUCACAAACCUUUCCCGAGGUCCCAUCGCCGAAAACAGCUCGUCGAAACAAAUAAACUUAGGAGGAAGGACGAUAACUCUGCAACUCCUGAUUCUAACAUGCCUUCUAAUGACUUUGAUGCGGCAAGUGUUCCCCACCCCGCCCCCUCUAGUCCCGACCCCCUGCCCUCCCUGUACCGGCCACGUCCUACUGAGACCACGCCCACCAACAAACCAUCACCUAUGUUCCAGUUCUCGGAUGAUAUCCCAGUGGUAUGAUGUUAAGAAGACCUGGAUACAAUACUCCUUACGUGUCAACGUUCGAGAUUAAUCUGUGCAUGGAUGGACAAACACGCCACUACUAAUCACCUUGGUUACCUUCUGACUGAACCUUAGCAACGGUUACAUUACACUCCUCUAUGCAGAAGAUGUAGUUUCAUUGAUCACCAUGGUAACCAACCCAGUAUUCCCAGGCAACGGUUACAUUAUACUCAUCAGUUCAGAAUAUGAAGUUCUAAUGAUCACCAUGGUAACAAACUAAGCGAAAUUGAGCAAAGAGUUAUUUUUAACUCUUGAAAUAAGAGGAUUUAAUUCUACAGAUCGCCAUGGUGCAACAGUUUCAGAAAACACUUCAAUGAGAGUAUGUAUCCUUACUGGUUGCCAUGGUAACCAACCUAGCAACAGAAAUAAGACAUUCUCCAGUUCAGAAGAUGAAAUUCUGCUGAUUACCAUGGUUACAAACUGAGGUUACAUAGCAAUGGUUAUGUUAGACUAUUCCACAGUUAUGUUUAACUCUUCAAUUGAGGAGAUCAGUUCUUUUGAUUACCAUGGUUACCUACCUAGCAACAAUAACAUUAGACUCUUCAGUCCAGAAGUUUAGUGGGAAAAAGACAUGAAAAUAGAGAAUCGUGAUCUGUGCUUUCUGUUAAUGCUUCGCUGUGUUUAUUUAUGUCUGUACUUAAGUGUUGAUGGAUACCUCUAAGGCCGGACCAAAACAGACGCUAAAUGCCAAAACAAGAUAGCGACCACGAUAUACACUGUAACCAAAGAUAUUUGGAUUAUGACAUGGAUCAUCUGCUAUUUAUUUCUCGAUAAAAAUUUGAUUUUUAUGGUUAUUUAAACUCACUAACUUUUGGUGUACUUACAAAUGACAAACAUGACUUUGUAGUGAUUUUAUACGUUUGUCAUAAACUCCAUUGAAAUCCUUGCAUGAACCAAAAAAGGUGUAUUCAAGUAUUAGUCUGAGUAUGGAAAUCCAAUGCAUUGGCAUUGUUAAAAAGGUGUUGAAAAUACUUUUUGUUGCCAUGUUGAAAAUACUUUUUGUUGCCAAUUUAUGUAAAUGUAUUAAUAAUAUUUAUUUAAUCAUUUAAGAAAUUAGAUGCUUAAAACAAAUCAUUCUUGAUAGUUUUUUUUUUUCGUGGAUACUGCUUGGUGCCACAUUGUAUACUGCUUUGUUUAGCCUUGAUAGUGUACCUCCAGAUUCAAAACAAUAAAAUUGUGAUUCGAACUUACUAGUAGUGAUCAGUCUUUGGUGCAAAAUCUGGCUAUUAAAAAUAACAUUAUCUGUGAACAGAACUUUAUAAGUGAUAAUAAAUUAAGUAUGUGAAGAAAGGCUCAUGAAUAGCAUCUAAUUUUGUACAUAAAGCCUAUAUUUGGGUAAAAAAAAAUCUUAAUUAUUAAAUGUAAAAUACAAACAAAAUUUUAGCUAGAUUGAAAAGAAAAAAAAAUCCAGGAAAAGCUCUUAUUAUAGACAUCUUUACAACUGGAUAUGCUAAAUACGUCUUAAUCAUUUACAUGACUUAAGAUUAAUUAAGCUCGAAAAACAUGAUGAUGACAUAAAUCAUGUAUAUAAAUUGUAACAUUUGAUAGGAGUUUAAUAUACAUUUGUAUUUUGCUUAUGCAAUUAUUCCUGGUCAAAUGCCCAGAAAAAAGGUCAUGUUUGUUUUUUAAAUAAUAGGAUUGUGAUUAUUUCAAACAUUAUAACAUUGUAUGAAUUAAUGAUGAUCAUUUGUAAACUUUCAAAACAGCACUUCAAAGCGUCAUCAAAUGACUUAAUUUUUUAAGAUACAUGUAGUUUACAUGUUUGUGCAUGUGUUAACGCCUAUGUGUAUGAUGUAUCAUAAUUAUGUGUAUAAACAGAAACUAAAUACACAUAAAUGUGUAGAAAGGAAGUAAACAUAAAUAUGUGUGAGAGAAAAUAAACAUUGUGCAAUAUAUAUGUAUAUAGAGCAAAAUAUCUAUAGAUAAGUUGACAGUUCUUAUUUUUGUUAAUGUGUGUGAAUGUUAACAUGUUCUAAAAGAAUAAUGAGGAUAGCCUGCCGGCUAUACAAUGCUGUUUUCAAGACGUACUGUAGAACCAGUUCUAUGUUAUUUAUUACAAAUACAUGUAUAACUCUCAAUUUGCCAUGAUAAUUAUACUUAAAAAAGAAAAUAUUCAAUAACUUUAAUUAUUGUAUGCUUAGUAUAUUUCCACCCUUUUCAUUGGUCGAGAUGUCACAUGACAAACCAUAAGUUAUACACACCAGCAAACUGUGAUUUUGUUGUAAACAAACAUACGUCUGCUUGACAGGACAUUGCGUCAUUCCCGUUGUACGCUAUGAUAAAAAUUACCGACUAAAAGUAAUGGGCAGCCAGUUGUUUUAAAUACAAUUAUAACGGUUAGGUUUUCGGCUGUGUUAUCCAAAUUUUUGAUAGUUCAAUAUAUCAAUAUCUAAUAUCUAAUAAUAUCUAUUAACCAAUCAAAUUGUUAACAACUUGUCAAAGAUUUAUACAAUUAGCUCCAGAACAUCCAUGAUUUCAUUUUCUAAGCAUAGCGGUAAAAUUAGGGCAUGCUGCAUAAGACAUAUGAUAUGACAAGAGAGUUUAGGAAGUUUAUUACUAAAAGCAUAUAAUAAAAUACUAACAGACUGAUGAUUAUUGAUAGUGUCUCGGUGAAUAACACUUUGCUGCAUAAGAAAUAUGAUGUGAAAAAAGGGUUUAAGAAGGUUAUUACUAAAAGCAUAUAAUAAAAUACUAACAUACUGAUGAUAGCGUCUCGGUAAAUAACACUUUGCCUCAUAAGAAUUAUGAUGUAAAAAGAGGGUUUAGGAAGAUUGUUACUAAAAGCAUAUAAUAAAAUACUAACAGACUGAUGAUAGCGUCUCGGUGAAUAUUGUGACUUUGUAUAGUCCAUAAGAUGGAAUAUACAUGUACACUUAAUCACCAGUUAAUAACUGUAUAUGGGAAAUAUCAAGAUUACUUACAUUGCUGUUAUUGUUUAACAAGUUCUCAUUCCUCCUUAAAGGAAUGAGAGCAACAUUUUUAAAACUUUAAAGGGACUCAUUCACAUUUUAUAGUCUCAGACAUCACAAAAAAAAAUGUGCGUUAUAAUACAAAAUAAUGGUUACAAUGAUAAAACAACAUCGAAAGUUCAAUCAAGAGGUUUAUUGUAAAACAAUAUUUUGAAAUGUGAAAGGAAAUGCUUUAUUUUGCUGAAAAACGUUACUUACUCUGAAUUAAUUUCUUUUUUAAGCUUUGAUUUACAAAAUUCUGUUCAAAUAAGUAUCUGCCAGUUACUGUUUGGUAUAUGUUUAUCAAAGAAUGUAUAAUAUCACAAUUUCAAAUAAGUUUCAAAAAAUUGUUUCGAACAUAAAAUCUGUAAAUGAGACCCUUUAAUGUUUUCUACAUAUUUGAUUAUAUCUGACAUUGGGCCGAUUGUUCAGAAUGUUGUUAAAGUUAACAAUGUGAUUAACAAGAUCGUUGUUAACUUUCAAAUGUCAAAUAGUUCAUGAUGUGCUUAUAUACUUAAAUACACAAGUCCAGCUGAAACAGUUGUCUCAAUUUUUGUUAGAAAUGGUGCAGAUCACUUGUGAAUGCAUUCAACUUUUAGAGCAGUAAAAGUAGCAAUCGAACACUGAUGACGUUAACAAAGUUGCUGACUCUAACAAAAUUCUGAACAAAUCGGCCCUGAUGAUAAGAAUGUGCUGAAUGUAUAAGCUAAGCAAUAAGCAUAACAGGCAUGUGCUAAAUUACAUUUAAGAUAAGUAUGAGUAUUGUUUAUGAUUAUUUUGAUAUUAUAAGUUAUUUAUGUGUUAACUAAAAUGCAUAAUCAUUUUAUGUUGCUAUUAGAUGUCUAUUGAAAAAUAAUAAAAUGAUAAAAACUAAAA